CCCUUCUGGAGCAGCCCUGCCCUCUCACAAAGCCACAGAGUGUUUCCGCCAUGUUUACCUGAGGAGGAAUGCUGCUGCCCAGUGCUUGCAUGACUUGAGUCUUGUUGGCGAAGUUUGCUCACCAGGCUGUCUCUGUCAAUGCUGAGGUAGGGGCCAUAGGAGGUGGUGAACAUGACAGAGGGAAGAUCAUUUGGCAGGAGAAUGUCUGAGGGUUCAGAGCUGCCUGCUCUGGCGGAAGCCAGGACAGGUGCUGAAUUCCGGCUAGGAGGAGAACCCUCUCGACUCUCCACCUUGCACCACGAGCGGGUCACUCUGGUGGUGGAUGGCAUCCACUUUGUGGUGGAUCCAGCUUUAUUCACCGCUCACCCUGACACCAUGCUGGGCAGGAUGUUUGGCCCAGCUCGUCAGCAUAACUUCACUCGGCCCAAUGCAAAGGGUGAAUAUGAGAUAGUGGAGGGCAUUAGUGCAAGCAUUUUUCAUGUAAUUUUGGUAAGUGAUCUAAAACUAUACGUAUAUAAAAUAUGUCUCAUGUCCCAUAUUGAAAUAUGAAGGAAGAACACAACAAUCUUUUAUAAGUAACACUACAUAUAAAAUAGCAUUUUGUGAUCAUUUCAAAAAAUGGUUGCUCAAUGUAUAUUUCAUAGUACUGGUAUACAUAAUCAUCUGCUCAUUGAACUGGAAUGCAUAAUUAUCAUUACACGUCUUGGCUGAGUAAUGAACCAGAGUUAGUGUUAUGACCAGUGUAAUUUGCAGUGUUUUAUUUGGGUGGUUUGUCUAAUAUAGUUCUUUGCUUGUUUGCUGCUCUGUCAGGACUACUACAAAGGGGGCAUCCUGCAGUGCCCAGAGGGGAUUCCUGUAGCUGAACUGAGGGAGGCCUGUGACUACCUCUGCAUCAACUUUGACUACAACACUGUUAGAUGCCGUGACCUCAGUGCUCUGCUGCAUGAGCUGUCCAAUGAUGGAGCUCGUCGGCAGUUUGAAGCCUACCUGGAGGAGCUGGUGGUUCCAGCCAUGGUGUCCAGCGCCCAGGAGGGGGAGAGAGAGUGUCAUAUAGUGGUGCUCACAGAUGACGACACUGUGGACUGGGACCAUGACAACCCACCACCCAUGGGAGAAGAGUACUCCCAGAUCAUAUACAGUACCAAACUGUACCGAUUCUUCAAGUACAUCGAGAACAGAGAUGUGGCCAAAGCCCUGCUGAAGGAGAGAGGCCUGAAGAACAUACGCAUCGGCAUAGAAGGGUACCCCACAUGUAAGGAGAAAGUGAAGCGGCGUCCAGGCGGCAGGUCAGAGGUCAUUUACAACUAUGUGCAGCGGCCGUUCAUCCACAUGUCCUGGGAGAAGGAGGAGGGCAAGAGCCGACACGUGGACUUCCAGUGCGUGCGCAGCAAGAGCGUGCCCAACCUCACCGCCACCAUGGGGGAGGGGCCAACGCGCCCUGGGACCACGCCCACCCCACAGGUGGACGAACUGGAUCGCCUCAACGGACCCUCUUCUCAGCCCACAUCUGUGUUCAUACCCAGCAAUGACAGCUGAGAUAUCUGAAGAGGACAUCUGUGUUUUUUGUUAUGGAUGAAACUGAGCACAAUGCUGGCAGCACCACUGUCACCGUUUGAUUUAUUACCACGGUUGAUGCGCAUGCCUAGACAUGCCUAUCUACGCAGGGACUGCAAGCUGUUUCAGAUAAAAGAUUUUGUAUGAAAAUGUCAUUGCCAUGCAAUUCAUGUGGAGGUUCUAGGAGUUCACAGACUCACAGUAUAACUACUUUAGAUGAGAAAAUAAGAUGUGAGCCAAUGUGACCAGUAUCAGCUGAUGCUCAGGUGUCAAGCCGGACCUCAUGAGAAAAGAAAGGCCAAGAGCGGAGUACAUCCUUCCUGCAGAUUUCUGCAAGUCUUUUUCAGCAGACUCAACAUGCAUGACUUUUUUUUUAUGGAUAUAUAUUUAUGGGUUGUUUUAUUUGUUUUGCAUUCAAUCCAGGGGAACAAAAUUAAAACCAAUGUGACAUGAAAUGUCAGCAUAAAAGAUAAAAAACAAGGCAUCGAAGGAUUGACUGUUUCUGCAUUAAAAUUGCAAUGUGUGGAUCCUA